GACGCUUCUAGAAGCGUAUGGGGGGAAUGGUGUACUAUAUCUAUCGACACCUUCGCUCGCAACGUGCGUGUUUCUACUAAAAAUAUAUCGCCUUCCACCACUCCGUGCCCGAAAUCAUACACGUGAUACAGAAAUUAUUGUUCGCCAAGUGUGUUAGUGCGCCGUUUUAGAUAAGGAGAGAGAACAGUGCGAAUUCUCUAUCGUCUGUAGGAGGUCUAUGCAUACCAAAGCUUUGGAUUCUAAGGACUUAUGCUCCUUGAUUUAUGCCAAUGCUAAUGAUGCCACGUGAUAAAUGUCUAUCAUUGAUGAUGAUAAUGUUAUGUUGAUGAUCUUCUAUAUGAUAAUGAUAAAAUAAUUCGACGUAUCAUCGUUGGACCACCAAUUAGUGCAAAAAAGCCUCUCUAAGUACGAAUUUCGUAUAUAGUCCUACUAUAUACAUAUGCUUAUAGUUUGACUCUUCAAAAGGAGUUUAAGAGAGCCAGUGAGUGAGAAAAACUGACUCUAUAAAUAUCGUGAUAUAUGAAAUCGUUUGAAUACGCACAUAUCAAACGAUUGACUUGUGCGAUUCAAUAUCCACGAUCGUAGAAGAUAAAGCCUGCCCUAAGUUCAUGCUAGCCGAAGAUCCCAAGCUGUAUAUGAUGGCACUCGAAAGCGUAAACGCGACCGAGGCCAUAAUUCCAAGCAAUGAUAAUGAUUUGGAAGAUGGAGAAAUUGCCUCUGAUGAAGAAGAUGAACCCUCUGUCACAGUUGAGGUCAAAACAAUAAUCAAUGAUCCAUCUAAGUCUCCAUCUAAAAAAACUGAUGAAAAGAGUCAAGAUGAAAAAUUAAAACAGACCAAAAAACCUGACAGAAGUAAAUCCAAAGAUCUAAGUAGUGAAGACUGGGCAGGAGAUGUUGAAAAAGCUCUUAAAACAGCUCUUAAAGACGACAAAAGUAAAAAUCAUGAUAACAAAUCUAAAAAUAAAAAUAAUAAAAAUAGAAGUAGAAAAAGGAGUCAUGAUAAUGGAAAAGAUGAUGAUCGCUCAAAAGAUUCAAAAAAAAAAAAAGUAAGUGACGAUGAAAUUCAACAUGAUGAUGAUGAUGAAAUGUUGUUUGUACGUGGUGCAUCUCCAGUAAAGAAAGAAGAAAACUCACCAAGCAGAAGGUUGGAUCGUGACAUGUCUCCGCCCUAUAGAAGAAUGGAACAUGAUAAUUAUGAUAGUGGUUCAGAUUUUGAGGAGCGAAUGUUAGGAAAUCGUCAUCGAGAUGAAAAAAGAGGUGGCCCAAGAUGGCAAAAACAUCAGGACCGAAAAAAAGCAUCCGGAGCAGCCUCAAGAAGAAAUGCUAAAGACAGGAAUGCCAAUUCUGGAAAUAACAAUAAAAGUCGUUCUCAAAUGCGCAAUGAUCGGCAAGGCAGGCGUAAUCAAGUUCACGAUCAAGACCCAGAUUCUAUUUGUGUAUUUUAUAUGCAGGGCAAAUGCCAUCGUGAUGAUUGCCCUUAUUCUCAUGAUGCUUUACCACCUAGAAAAAUGGAACUCUGCAAAUUUUAUCUUAUGGAUUGUUGCGCCAAAAGAGAUAAAUGUUUGUAUAUGCAUCACGACUUUCCGUGUAAAUUUUUCCACACAGGCAUGAAGUGCAAUGCUGGUGAUGAGUGCAAAUUUUCCCAUGAACCAAUGAGUGAACAGGUGAGGAACAUUCUUCUCAAACAUUUAGAAACUGCGCCGAAGGAGAUUUUAGGAAAUUUUCCGCGAUUGAGUAGAGAAAGUGCAAUUUAUAUGAUGAACAACACAGAAAAAUUAUUUGCACAGCAGAACGCUGCAUCUAAAAUCCCUAGUCUUUUUGAAGUUAAAGUUUCAAACGAUAUUUCCACUACCGAUGCGGCCCGAGAUGAGGAAGAUCGUGAUCGGCAAGCCAGAGACCGGAAGUCACACUCUAAAAAAACUCGCUGGGGGUCGAAUGAUGACAGAGUACCAGUGGAUGAUAUUGUGAAAUCACAGAUGAAUCAAAAAGAUAUACCAGCUCCUAAUUUUUAUGUUGAAAAUAGUGCCACAGAAAAGGCAGCUGAAAAUAAAGCUGAUAAACCGCCACAAGAAACUAAACCAAAAGAAUUUCUUUCGGCGAAAGAUGUUGACUUACGUCAAAUUAUUGGAAGACAAUUAGAACCUAGUCAAUCUAAAUCUCUUGAAUCCAAGGAUGCUAAUGAGCCAGCAAGAAAUUUGUCCAAGUUAAGAAUAAAAGAAGAAAGUGAUCGCGAAGAUGAAUCGAGGUUAGUGAUUGCCACAGAUGAUGAUCAUAUGGCUACAGAUUCAUUGGCUGCAACUAUAAGCAAUAAAACUGCAAAUCAUACAAAUCCAGAUGUUCCAGAAAAUCUUCCAAAACACGUGCAAGAAUUAUAUCUAAGAAUACAACAACAUCAACGUGAAGCGGUUGAUAGUUAUAAAAAUUUGGAGAAUACAAAUAAUCACGGAGUUAGUCAUGUUGGUAGUUGGUAUUCUGAAGACGAAGAUGACGAUGAUGAUGAUGACGAGAAUCAAUUGAAAAUCGUACUCAAUGAUGUGUCUCGAGAAGACGAAGAAGAGGAAACUGAGGAAAAAGAAGAAAAAGAAGAGCAGAAAGAAAAAGAGGAGCAUAAUUCUCUUCUACCCGCGUUAAUACCGGAUCCUGCGACCGUCAACGCAAAUAUGGGUGAUGUGAAAAAAAUUGACAUUAGUUCGCACGUUCAUCAGCUACUUUCAAGUUUGAAAGCUCAGAAAGCUAUCAAAGUCGAAGAUUAUAGUCCAAUUCCUAAACCUGAACCCACUCCAAGUAUUAAUCAUUUUGGCUCAUUGCCAGCAACAACAACAACAACAACAACAGCAUCAGCAGCAUUGCCAGCUGCACCAGCCGUAGUUCCAUCAGCCACCUUAUCGAGGGAUCCCCGUAUGAGUCGAGAUCCUCGUCAACGAAGGGAUGAGCCGCGAAUUGUAGCUUCUACUCCAAACGCACCUAUUGCUGCACCAAAAAAUGACGAUACAAAUACUGCUCGAUCAGUAGUAAACAUUUAUAGCUCUGGAAUUAUUAAUCAAGAUCGUUCGGAUAGUGAUCCAAGGCGUAAAGACAUGGAUUUACGUUGUUUUCCUACUCCAGCAUACGGUGAUACAGACUUGCGAAUCGGUGUUCAUACUUCAGAAUCGGGUGAUGUAGAUUUGAGAGCGAUCCUGCCAUAUAAACCACCAAAGCACGAUAACGCCGAUUGUGUAGAGAUAGACGGUAGUAUAGAAACCCAUGGAGAAAUGGAUUAUGUUUUACACACAAUUGAUAUACCCCGAGCAGACUAUUCAGGUCUUAUGUUAACGCGUAGCGAUCCUCAAGUCCGAUACGAUCCAAGAUUGCAAAAAAUCUUUGGUGUCACGAAGGAAGAAUUGGAUUCCCCAAUGUCUCCUCCACCAAUGCGAAUUGCAGAUACACCAAGAUCGCCGCCACCCGUAAGAGUUGAUCCACGUCUUAGAGCGAUGGAAUCUCAAGCACCGCAACCCAAAAUUAUACCUACCACAGUCCAGCAACAUGUUAUGACUAUGCCAGAUCAAAUGAACGUACAGAAUAUGCCGAUGAGAGUAUCUCCACCUUAUAUGCAAGUCCCUGGUAAUAUGCAGCCAAUGAUGCAACAACAAUCAAUGGGACCUCCGUCGCUGAUGAUGCAGACGCCUAAUUCGAUGAUGAGUAAUAUGUCUACAAUGAUGUGUGACGGUCCGAUGAUGGGCGGAAAUCCAAAUAUGCGAAUGGAUGCUCGUAUGACAGAUCGCAUGAUGGACCGCAUGGACGAUCGUAUGGUCGAUAGAAUGGGAGAAAGAAUGGGAGAUAGAAUGGGAGAAAGAAUGGGAGAUAGAAUGGGAGAAAGAAUUGGAGAUAGAAUGGGAGAUAGAAUGGGCGAUAGAAUGGGAGAUAGAAUGAUGGAUCGUAUGCCUGAUCGCAUGUUGGAUCGUAUGCCUGAUCGAAUGAUGGACCGUUUGCCAGAUCACAUGAUGGAUCGUAUGGCUCCUGGUAGUCGACCUCAGCCUCAGAAUCAAUACGAUGCACGAUACAAUCCUCAACGAGGACCCAGUGUUGGUUUGCUUGGCGUUGCACCACCACCACAAGGUAUGGCACCAUACCAAGACCCACGGCCACAAUUUGAUGGGCCACCACAAAGAGGAUAUAUGAAUGAUGGUUAUGGUGAUGUUAGAAAUUUCAACAAAGGUAAUCGAGGAAUGGGUUAUGAUAACCAACAGGAUUGGAAUAAUGGCAGACCCAAUCGCAAAGAUAAGAAAAGAGGGAACCGUGGUAAAUUUGGUGCGUUGCCCCGAAAAAAAGAUAAUUAAACUUAAUUUCAAUUUUAGUUUGUAAAGCGAGUUGUAAAAACAUGUACAUUGUCAUCGAUGAUUACCUCAUAAGUUAAUGAAAUUUCAGUCAUUAGUCCAUAUAUCACGAAAAUCGCGAAUAUAAAGCGUGUAGAACUUGAGUUCAAUGGUAACGCUAUUUAAUUUAUAAGUAACGCAAGAGUCGAAUUACUGUAUAUUUUAAAAUUUUUAACAUUGAUGCAUAGGAUUAAUCAGAUUCUUGUCCUUGAUAGGAUAAAAAUAUUGUAUGAUAUGAUACAAUACUGUACAAAUGAUUGUAAUCUUGUAUAAAAAUAAGAAUAAAAAUAAAAAAUCGUAAUCGA